AGGCUUUUUGUGGGCUUGUUUAAUAGUUUGAUAGUUUAUUGCCAUUAUAUGAUUUAUAACGUCAGUAUUGAGCGAGUAGCCCAACUGUUAAAAAAAAAAGAGUAAGAAACUUCCUCUAUUCUAUGGUUAAGGUCAUGCUGCUAAAUCUCCACUUCCUGUGUAAAAUGUGUGUGUAAUUGUGAUCUAUAAGGUGUGUUCAUUAUGAUCAGACGCAGUGCAGCAAUCAGUCAGUGUGUGUUCAGCUCUAAUACAGUCUUUGGAUUAAUGUGUGGGUUCUGGUCCUCAGUAAGAAUGCAGGUGUUUUUUUUUCUCCUCCUCAUACAGCUUCAUAUCACUGAAGGCUGCAGGCUGGAAGGAAAUAAAGACACAACAAAAGAGAUCACUGCAUACACAGGAGACUCAGUACUGCUGCCCUGCUCCUGCACUGACCUCUACACCAAACCUCAGAACUUCACAUGGAAAAAAUACAUUAAUGAUUGGGAACAGAUAUCUCCUGAGAGUGAACAGUAUAAAGACAGAUUUCAGCUGGUUAAUGAUCACAGUUCAGGAAAUCUCUCUCUGCUCAUAUCACACCUGACUGUAGAGGAUGAAGGAGAUUACAGGUGUGGCACACAGAGUGAAACCAGAGUCAUCAGACUCACUGUUGAAGGUUGCCCAAACAAUAAUGAGACAGUGGAUGUGACUGGAUAUGUGGGACAUUCGGUUCUUCUGCCCUGCUCCUGCUCUGAACUACAAGCCAAACCACAAACUUUCAGAUGGUACAUUUAUAAAGGGUCUGAUCACAAAGAAAUCUUCCCAAAUGACCAGACAAAUCACUACACACAAAGAGUUCAGCUCUUUAAUGAUCAUCAUCCAGGAAAUCUCUCUCUACUCAUAUCACACCUGACUGUAGAGGAUGAAGGAGAUUACAUGUGUAGGAUCACCAGCAACAAAUAUAAGUACAUCCAUCUCACAGUAAAUGAGGCUCCAAAAAGACCUUCACCAUCCACAACAACAAUCCAAACUACUGCUAAACCAGAGUCUCCAGAUUUAAAACCAUCAUCAUCAUCAUCAGCUCUGGUGUUGUUGUAGUCCUGCUUCUGAUGAUGAUUCUCGGAGGAGUCAAGUACCGGAAACACAGAAGGCAAAGAAGAGAACAGAUGAGUGAAGGACAAACAGUACAGAGGACGCAGCAGCAGAAGCAGGAUGAUGUGAUGUACUCAACUGUAGUCCACAGUGACACUCACAGGGCCGCACGCCCUCCAGUGGCUUUAGGAGAUACUGCAGUAUAUGCCAGCAUCAAAACUAACUAAUUAUUAUAGAAAUAAUAAUAAAAACUGAACUGAAAAACCUGACAGAUGAAAUCAGUUAUUACAGCUGUCAGGUUUUUCAUUUCACAUUUGUGUCUGUAUGUCUACAACUGUAUACCAUCUAACAUGAGAAAAACUUUUUUUUAAUCAGUUUUAUUUGAUAUAUAAUAUUAGGGUACCAGUAUAUGUUGUAAUAAUAAUUAUUAUUAUAAAAAAGCUUUUUGCAAUGUAUAACAUAUACAUUAAUAUUUAAUAUAUUGUGCAUUUCAUGACUUAUGAUAUUUAGUUUUUGUAAC